ACGUGCUUGAAAUAUAGGUGUUUUACCUUUCCAUCUCUAAGCAUUUUUUAAUCAUCAUGUUUCUCCGGGAAUUAUUUUUGUGGCGCACCUCCAUUGCUACCAAGUUAGAAAGGUAGUGCCACUUCAUGUAACGACUUUCCUUACAGUUUAUGAGCAUGAAUGCCAUAUUGGUUAUAUAGAACCUCUGAAAAGACGAAGGUUAGACAGAAUAAUGACACAAAAUCAUGUGCCAGGGAUGGAAACGUCCGCCAUCUCCGUCCUGAAGCGGGCAGUGGAGCUGGAUAACGUCAGCCGCUUCCAGGAGUCUCUCGUCUGCUACCAGGAGGGCAUCCAGCUGCUGAUGGACGUGCUGAAAGCUGUGAAAGAUGACUCAAAGAGAGGACACUACAGGGAGAAGAUAAAGGGCUACAUGGACAGAGCAGAGCAAAUCAAAGCUCAUGUGAACCAGCUGAAAGAAGAUGGGAAAUACCACGAGCAGAUUAGAAUAGCAGAAGAUGCUACUGGUUACAGCUUCGAGACUCUGUUCAAGCCGUACAUGAACAGUUUUCUCACAGAGGUCUGGGUACAAGACCCGUACAUACGACACACACACCAACUGUACAACUUCCUGCGCUUCUGUGAGAUGCUGCUGAAAGCAUCCUGCAAGGUGAAGAAGAUCCAUCUCCUUACCUCACAGGAUGAAGCGGACAGCAGCCAGCAGAGCAGCGCUCUGGCCGAGCUGAAAGAGAGUCUGAGUGGUCAGGGAGUGACUCUAGACCUGCAGUACUCCUCCACGAUACACGACAGGGAGAUCAGGUUUGACAAUGGUUGGAUCAUCAAGAUAGGAAGAGGGCUGGAUUACUUCAAGAGACCAAAGGGCCGAUUCUCUAUUGGAUACUGUGACUAUGACCUCAGGCAGUGCCACGAGACCAACGUAGACAUUUUUCACACCAAGCACACAAAAACACUAUGAGAUAAUGUUUAAUUACUUUUUUUUAAAUCUUAAUUUACUGACCUGCCCUCAAACCACACACACAUCUGUUGUGUUGUUGGAUUUGCCUUAACAAACACAUGCACGUGAUCUGCCUGAAACCAAAUGUGUCACAGAGCAGAUUUUUAAAUCAGGUUUAACAGAAUGUAAUUUGUCCCACUGAUAUGUCUUUAAUACAGACCGUUUGCUUUCUUCACUCUUGUGUGUAGUCAAACUCUGCAAAAGAGUCAUUUUCACCCCUCUUGUCUUUAAAGGGAUCUUUUCUGUGCCUUUUUAUUAUUGCUACAUGCUUUUUUUGCAAUGUCAUGCCACCAUGUGGUGGAACAAUAAAAAUAAAUGUUUUAAAGUUAUUUUAUAAUAUCA